GACAAAGAAGAAUUUCCGGUUUAGCUUCUGCUUUACACAGAAAAGACAGCCAAUUCCUGCUGGUGGGGAUUAAAUUCAGUGCAUUGAGUUGAGGGUCAAUAGGUUUUGCCACAAUGUGCUCCAUUCAAGCUCUGAGGUAGGAAGAGAAAUGGCUAAACACCAGGAAGAAGGAUUCUGUUAAGCUAUGAUGAAGAGAAACUAAAAAAAGUAAGUGGUCUUGCUUCUGUUUCCAAUUAAUACUUGCAUUUUUAAAAAAUCAAAGCUGCCUGCCUUACCUUGAUGGCUGUAAAGUUAUUACAUACAGGGUUUGGGGGGGUAUAUAUAUAUAUUUAAAAAAGAAUUAUAUAUUACAAACUAUUUUUGAAAAACAAAAUACAUCAAGGCUUAGGCAGAUGUGUGACUCCCCAGCCUUCUAAACUGUCAUCAUCUGGUAUGCUUAAGAGCUGCCUAUGGUUGUUGUUGUUGCUGUUGUUGUUUUUGAAAAACUGGAUUUCUGCAGCAGCUCGUUUCUAAUUCCCCAGAGAUCUCUGAUCUGUUUUAUACAACAGUAACUGUAACUGUUUCAACUUUGUAAUAGUUUCCUGCCUUUUAAGACUGAAGGUGAUUUUGUGGUGAAGCCAACUGAAGGAAAUGUAACCCCAGGUUUUGUUUUUUUAAGGGUCCAUAAGUAGGAGGAUCCAGGAAAUUAUAACCCAGUUAGUUGCUAUGAAUAAACUCUAAAAAUGGAAAGUCUUUUUAGAGUUAAAAUUACCAAGCACAGAAACACAAUUCUUCCCGAAGAAACGUCAUCAUGGCUUCUGCAAAAGUAACCCCUCCUGUCACACCAAACUUUUAGCAUUCUGAGAGUGUCAAUGAACAUUUGGAACAGGAAUGGAAGAUACUGGCAUCUCAGGAAAGACUCCUGAGUAAACUUAGUUGCCAUGGCAUAAGAGUAGGGGGUCCUUUUAUGGAUGUGUAACUGGUUACAGGAAGUAGGAAGUAGAAAGUAGAAAUAAAUUGUUGGUUUUCAGAAUGGUGGUAUGUAAGAAGUGGGGCUCCAAAAGAUCAGUGGGGCCAGUGCUUCCUAUCUUGUUCAUAAAUCUAGAGUUAGACCUGAACAGUGAGGUGGCCAGCUUUGCUGACAACAUCAAGUUAUUUCUAUGGAAUUUGGAGAAUGAGGGCAGUUCACAGUCAAGCGAAAUCUGCUUGAACCAAAAUGAAUGAGUGUGCAUACUAUCAAAAAUGAUGCCUCUGCCAUACCACCUUCAGCACUCUCUUAGAAAUUAAUGUCUUCUUCCAGCCUGUACAUCUUCUCCAGGCCUAGGAGGAGAAUUAUAUUAGAAAACAAUUUUCUGCUUUGUUUAAUAGUGGCAUGUUUAAUGGGGGCACAUUCAUUUCUGAUCUUUCACAGCGCCUCAUAGAGUAGUGUGCAAUCAAUAUUUCAUUGGAAAGGACAUUUUCAUGCACUUGUUACCCACCGUCAGAUGUAAACGCUCUUACAUUUCGGUACUAUCCAGAGAUAGAAUCACUGAAGCAAAAGCUUCUGUUUGAGCUUCAGCAGCUAAAGCUACAGCCUAUUCAAGCAAGUGGGUUUGGGCUAGCCAGAGCUUGAGGUCCUCUGAAUGUUGCUGUUCCCCUCCUGCAUUGGCAACCUGCACCUGCAACUACCAUUGUCCAUGAUCAUUAACUAUGCAGGCUUGGGCUGAUGGAAUGGAAGUCCAAAAGCACCUGGUGGGCUUCAUAAUCCCUGCCCUAGAAUGCCCUACUGUUAUUGCUCUUCCAUUAUAGUGGCACUGUUUCCAGAGACCUCUCUGGAGGUCAGAGCAGGAGCUGCAGAGACUGGCUUCCUCUCCAUUCUUGUUCUCAUCUCAACCACCCAAAGUCUACAGCAAGGUGCUCUUGGGACAUGUUAAGGAAUUUCCAGCAAGCGGGUGCAGCAGAGCUGAUGGCUGCUGCUGCUGCCUUGCCACUGGAUGAAAGGCAGCAGCAAAGGGACAAAAAUUGCCCUUAAGGCAGCACGGGGACACCAGAGUAUAAUAUGGAGAGCAGAAGAUUAGAUAAUAGAUUCAAAAAGUGAGAACUGCCACAAAACAUUUCAGUGAGGAGUGGUCCAGUUCGGGGUUCUAACCAGACAGUAGCAGUUGCACAGGUGUGGCUGUGUUGCCCAACUCAUUUUGCAAUUCUGCAAGUCCUUGUCAGUUACUGGGAGGGCAUGGGGUAAGGCAGGGCAAGGCAGGGAGCUCAGCUCAGCAUGGUGCAGGCGCAGUGUGGGGAGCACUGGAUUGAUUCCGCUGCUGCACUGCACCAUGCCAAGCUCCCUGCUGCAUUUCCCCUUCCCUCUCAGUAACUGGCAGUGAUGUGCGGUACUGAGAAGUCAGUAAAGCGAUGCAGCCUGCACAGCCCCGCCAGCUACAACUGCAAUUAACUGGUAAAGCCCUUUCCAAGGAUGUUCCUUUCUGCCCACUUCUGCAACAGUCAGUCAGCAAUCUGUGGCUAUUUUGAACAUGUCCAGUACCCAUUGGGUGUUUUGGGGUCUGCCCACCUCUUGCUUUAGGGUUUUCAUUUUUAUACUUCCUUAAGGUUUCUCUGAGCCUACUGAUACCUCCCUCUGCUGCCAUUUAGGUUGCAUAGGAAUCCACCCUUCUCUGAGUUUGCUAUUAUUGUAUAGGAUAUUAUUAGUAUUAUAUUGCUAUUAUUAUAUAGGCUGUAUUAUUUAGGAGUAUAGCUUGCCUUAUCUUGGGGAAUCACAACACAUAUAAAAAUGUGCAUUCUUUGUGCAUUUUUGUCCUUGUUGCUAUGUUCUCUUGUUAAAUAUUGCAACACUAAAAGUUGCUUAUUUUGGUUCUUCACAGUGUACAAUAUCCUUUGAGAGUUUCCCCUAUUCCCCAGGGAUGGAGAGGUACAAAUAUGUGUUGGGAGUUGUACCCUUACAGAUCAUUAUUUCCAACUACCUCCACCAGAGCAAAACACACAGGACAGUUUCAAAGAUGUGCUUUGUUACGUAUGUCAGAGUGGGAAACAAGUCACAUUUUCUUAUGGUGGAAGUGGUGAACUGCACUGCCCCACAGGCCCAGGUAUUUUUUUUCAAGUGGGGGGAACAGGACCCAGGGACCACCUACCACUUCUUUCUGUGGUGGAGUGGCAGUAAAGGUAUCGGCUGUAGUGGUGAGAAUAAUGAUGCAAACAGAGCUGCAUCCAAGCAUUUUACUGGGAAACUUGGGGGACAGACUUAGAUCUUAUAUGCAUAUGUAUUAUAUUAUAUUAUGUUGGCUUGGAUGGUGAAACUGUAGCUAAGAACUAGGAAUCAAGACAUUGACUAUCCUGGAGUGUGCCUGGAAUGCAGGAAGACUGGAUUGGGUUUGGGGAAAUAAAAUUCAGCCCACAACCGAAGUGACUGGAAAGAUGGGCAAGAGACAGGUGUGCACCUCAGGAAGGCAUUAGGGAGUGGGGUCAGGUCUCUGCAGCUGGUGGUUCCAGAGGCAGCCCCACAGCCUGUGGAAGUGAUUUAAAAGCCUGUGAGUUAUGGUGUGGAUGUGCCUCCACUAGUAUGAAAGGAGUAGGUUUAAGCACUUGAUCCCUACUUAUUUUAGUGGAUGAUGCUUUGGAAACAAACCCAGCUGCCUGAAUGCAUUGUAGUCUGUAGAUCAGUCGAGCUAAGUCUGUGUAUCCAGACUCUGGCAAAAGGAACCCCUCUGCUGAUAUUAGGUCAAACCUGGGUCAGCGCAGCUCUUCUCUGAACCCCUCCCCCCAUCCUGGCCAAAAGUGGAAGCCAAGGCAGUCUGUGGCUGCCCGGCUUAAAGGAAUCACAUGUAAUGCGUAGUCUCUUGUGAUUUGGCUUCUUGCCCUUCUGUUUUUUAACCUUCUGGAUGCCUAAUACAUUUCAAGGGGAGGAAGCACCAUCUUGUUCUAUGCCUCAGGCAACAAAAUGUCUUGGGCUGGCCCUGUCAAGGAUAGUUCCUGUGUACUUAGUAAUGUUAUGCUAGCGAGAAGCCUGGAAGCAUCAGCUUUUCACAAUCAUGAGUGAAGCUGAACAAUCUGUUUCAUGCAGUUAUGAAUACGUAGGAGCAUUCUGGAGGCCCUAUUGCAGGCGCAGCUAACCUGUGGCCCUCCAAGUUGGACUCCAGCUCCCAUCAGCCCUAGCCAGCAUAGCCAAUGGAUAAUGGAAGUUGUAGUCCAGCAACGUUUGGAGGGCUACAGGGUCUCCAACCCUAGCACAGAGCAUCUAUCAAGAAAAAGGUGUCAACCUUAGACACAGGGCAGGCCCCAAUGGAUGGUGUUGUGCAAUGCUCACCAUCUGUGUUUACAAUUUUUUUAAAUCUUCAGCUGCUGAAAAGAAAGUUGAAGAGGCAAUCUCCAGUAAGGGAUGUUGUUUUAAGAACCAUUCUUGCAUUGAUUGGAAAGCAUGGCUUGCUAUUUCCAGCUGCGUUUCUUGCUCGCUUAGAGAAAUGUUAACUCUCAGUAUGAGUGGGUGUGGGACAGGAGCCAAGAUAAAUAAGCAAAUACAUUGACGCAUCUGCCGCCCUGAUUUGACGUGCGCUUGUGAGUGUGUUCCCAGGGCGGAGUUUGGGUUUCACACCUUGUUCUGAUUACAGAAUAGGUAACAGGCAAUAUGCAGGCAGGUAGAAAGGAAGGAAAAAGUCUGUGUAUCUUACUUGUUCCUUGUGUAUUAUUAGCUAGGACUUGGCUAAGUAAUGUGAAAAUGAUGAAAAAAUCCUUAUUUAAAAAGUCCCCUUCUCAAAUUUGGAAAUAUUCCCACUUCCAAGUUAUAUCAGUUCAAAGAAAUACAUACAUUGUGUUGGGGUGUGCCAUUUUGAGGUGGAUCAGGAAAGGGGGAAAAUGAGUCUUCCACAAAAGUUAAUCUGCUUAUUCCUCCCUUAUUGGACCUUAGGAUGCCCCCCUCCAUUCUGCACAUGCUCAGAGGAGAUUUCUAUUAUUACUUCACACUUUAGAAAGCUAGAUGUAGCUACAAAAGGAUUGUUUGUGGUACUUGUUUAUUUUUCUUUUCUUAAGGAGGUGGUAUUAAAAAUGCCUUCUGAUUUCUGGUUCAAAUUAGGCCCUUAUUAUGAACUGUAACCUGCAUAGGUGAGGUUGGAAGAUCAUAAACUUUUUAAGGAAAUAACGAUUCCAUUUGUUUUUCCAGCUUGCCUUCCUGAGCCAGAACAAUGUCUAACACCAGCACUACACCCAGCAGCCCCAGUAACCUCACGGCAACCACUGCUGUGACCACUGCUCAGCCAAGUAUCAUUGAAGAAUUUCUCAACAAAAUUCCAUGUGAGUGCAUGAAAGGGUGGAUGGGGUGGACUCAAAUGUGAUGUUUAAAGGAUUGCUGGAAGACCUUGUCAUGGGCCUCAUUUUGAUUUUCUAAGUUGAAGCCGUUGUUUCUUCCUGUUUUAGCUUCCAAAAUAUGUGUAUGUGUUUUAACUGAAAUUCACUUGACUUUUCCCAGAACUUCUGCAUGUUGUACAGUUCAUUAAGGAAAUUCAGUGCAGCCCAUAAGGACAGUAAUUUCAUUGGCUAAUUCAAACCAACUCAACAUAUGCAAACCCACCCCAUUCCUCUCUACAUUGACUUGCUAUAUAUGCUCUUGAGGCACUUAACAAUGGAGUACCAUUUUGUGUAGGUCUGCACACAUUGGAGAAUACAAGAAGAGCAAAAUCUUCUCCACAAGCUCAAUUGAAAUUGUUCUUGAGCAACUUCUGCUCACUUCAAUGGCUGUUGUGCCAUUGAAUAAUCAUGGAACAUUUUGCCUCAGGACAACUUCUUGACAACUUGAACCCUUCAGAUGGUCAGAUUCCUGCCUCGUCUUCACUCUUUUCACUUCUCUUCCCUCAUGCCUUCUCCCCAUUUCCCUGAAAAUAUGUGAGGCACCAAAUAAGAAUAACAAAGAGAAUUGUGAUGCUAUCAUCUAAAAAGAAAAAAGAAAAGGAAGAUGUUUGGCAAGAAGAGACACACUUACCUUUUGCCCUGCUCUUUCCAGGCACAGGUGCACACUUUAAAGCUCUUUUUUUGUCCCUGCAAAAACCCACUCUCUAAAGCUGAAGUGCAACAAAUGGCAAUUUGGAUUUUCCGUGGAUUGCCAUUUGCUCCAAUUCAGCUUCAGAGAGUGGUUUUUCACAGGAAAAGCUACAGAGCGGGGGGAAAUCCCCAAUGCUUGGACACAGAGCUUUAAAGUGUGGACCUUGCCUGGAAAGAGCAGAGGAAAGAUAAGUGUGAAUAAGCCCACAGUCAAGUUGAGCAUACAAAUCACUGAUAGUCAUUUAUAAGCUAUGGCCACCACUGUGUUCCCAUUGGUUGGUUUCUUUCCAUUUCCUUUUCAGUCUAUUCUAAAUUGACUUUGACAACACAAAGUGAGAGAAGAAAUUAUUUGGCUGCUUUCGUGAGGGAGACUGCAUUACACAUUUUGCACAAAUGAAUUUCCUCUACUUCUCCCAGAACAGUUUCCUCUAAGGGGAACUAGCAUGGGGAGUAACUAUGCCAUCUGGUGGUAAUCAUUACAAGAAUUAAAAACAAAAGGGAUUAGCUCAGGAACUGUUUUUCCCCCCUUGAAGAAGAGCAGAAAUUAAAAGGAUAUACAAAAGCACCAUAUUUUUUUCCCCCUAUUUUCCUGGUGGCUAUAUGGAUAGGACUGUAAAGGCUUGGAUUUCAACAUUCCUGUGUGAUCAAAUAAUAAUUUGCCAUUUUAUAUUGAUUAUUCUGAUAAAUUGUGUUAACUGAGUUGUUUGCUGCUUGCUGCUUUUUGCAGGACCUAAAAGCAGAAGGAUAUAAGCCAGUAGGUGAAAUGAAAAAAAUGAAAUAAUUUGCCUGCUGUUAGGAGGUGAUACUAGAAUUCCCAAAGACAUUGACUGCAUUUGGAUGAGCAUAUCUUGGCUUAAUAAACCAAGGUAUGAAAAAGCCUGUUGUUUGUGCACAAUUAAACCAGGAAGUCUCUUAAUCAUACUUUCCCAUUUUGUCCUGAUUUGGAAACCAUGGUUAUCAGUUUUGGAACAAGCUAACAUAUUAAGUCAACUUCAAAUCAUGUUUCAACAUCCUGGCUUGUUCUGAACGAGGAAGCUAUGGUUUCCAGCUCCAGAUGAAACAGUAAAGGUAAAGGUAAAGGUACCCCUGACCAUUAGGUCCAGUCGUGGAUGACUGGUUGUGGCGCUCAUCUCGCUUUACUGGCCGAGGGAGCCAGCGUUUGUCCAUAGACAGCUUCCAGGUCGGGGAUUUGAACCACUGACCUUCUGAUCGGCAAGCCCUAGGCUCUGUGGUUUAGACCACAGCGCCACCUGCAUCCCAGAUGAAACAGUAAACUAUGGUUAAUUUAAUACUUCCUGGCUUGUUUGCUCAUCAUGUGAAGGAAGGGGCAAAGAGGCUGCUUGCUAAUCUAAGAUGUGAAUGCAAAAAUUGCUUUUGGGCAAGGAUGCUUUAUUAAUGUGCACUACACAGAAAGUAAGAAUGAGCACCUUUCUUUCUUUCUUUCUUUCUUUCUUUCUUUCUUUCUUUCUUUCUUUCUUUCUUUCUUUCUUUCUCCUAAUGCUGGAACAGUACCCAGAUGGGCUCUCAUAGCUAUUGCUGUCGCAGUGGGCCUGGUCCUCCUCCUCUUACUCAUCUGCAUCAUCAAGUGCUGUUGUUGUAGGAAGAAACGCAAGAAGAAAGAGAAAAUUGCCUUUCCCAGCACCAAUGGCUCACCCACCCAAGCCACUCUGGUAGGUCUUAUUGCUGCCCAAUUGUGCCCUGGUGGGGUAUGCUAUGCACAAAGCAGAGGCAAAUUGGUGUGGGGCAAAUUAAGAACUCUUAAGAGAUCUUCUCAGAGCGUGAUAUUUGGGGAAAGCCAACUUGAAAGAGCAGUCUACUUGUUUGGUUUGUUUGCGUUUGAUAUUGCUAUUGGCACUAUAGUUUUCACUACUUGGUUCCAAAAUGGCUGUUCCUUAAUGCUCACUCACAGCAACUAUAUUUUUUAUUGUUGUUAAUGUACCAGCUAUAGAUUUUAAACUGAUAUUUUGCCUCCAAGUGAAUAUAGAGAAGUACAAUAUGCUUAGCAAACUGACUCUUCUGUCUAAAAGUUGUCCAUAAAGAGAGGGUGCUGCUGUCUUGACAAUAGAUUCAACCUGAUAUCGAUGACCUGGAGGGUGGACUGCAGAAUGAGAAACGAGGACAGCUGCAAUAUUCUCUGGAGUAUGACUUCCGUAGCCAGGAGGUAUGAUUCUCAAAUCCCAGGGUAAAUAUUUGUGACCCUCUUUUAUUAUAAAGCUAUAUUAUCACAACCUCUUCCUUUCCCCCUCCUUCCAGCAUUCAAAAUCUUUCAUUUUCACAUAACCAGGUUUAUAUCCACCCCCACCCAUUCCAAAACAGAGCAAUCCUAAAAUGGUGGUGGGGAGAUUUCAUGCCAGAGUAAACACCCUAAUGGCACUGCUCCUCAGCUGCCUUUCCUGGGAGCUUACAAUUGCUCCCUUAAUGAUCAGUCCCAACCAUUGUCAGUAUAGCUGGCUUUUCCUUCAUUCUCACCCAGCCCAUAUGUCCGAAGCUGGAGUCAGGAGGUCAGCAAUAAAACAAUAAGCACUCGAUGUCAGUGAAGUUAACUCUCUAUUCAAAGAAACAAAACAACUCAGUCCUAGUGGUCACAGCAACCCUUCCCGGUAGGUCUUUCCCCAAUAAAGCAGUUGUAAGGAUUGAAGGUCCCCACCUGCCCACCGUGCUCUAAGUCUUUUCCUCCCCUGGUUCCUUCCGCAGCAGCCUAAGGCUCCAUCAUCUUGUCUCUUUUUGUUCCACCCUCUUCAUACCUCUUCAGGUUCUGGGAAUCCAGAAGGGAGGGGAGCUGGUCACAGCAGGAGGGGGAGACUCCAUGUCUUCUUUAGCAGCCUGCCUCAUCUCUGCCUCUUGGCCGCUUCUACUUCUGCCUCUGAUUCUGGGCUGCCAUCUGCCACAGCCUCUUCCUGCUCUCUAAACUCUGUUGUCUCUUCAGCUUCUGACACCUCUUCAUCCUCCCAGUCUGCUCCCUCUUCUCCCUCUGACCAUGCAUCGCCAUCCCACCACCAAUCUCCAGACUCUGAGCCUUCUUCCCCAUAGGGUUCCCUUGGGGGUUCACCAGCUGGUGCCUCCCCCCACUGCUCUGCAUCGAGCCAGUCCAUGACACCGUAGCUUACAUCAGUUAUGUCAUCCUAAUAGCAAUUUUUUCAUCUGAUUCCUUCCUAUCCUCUGCUACUCCGAACAGUUUUUUCUAACUUUCCUGCUUUUCCAUACCAUAUGUAGCCUUGGUUUCCCCAUUCCAGCUGUAGCCUAUUUCUGCAGUGUCUAAGGGUAUGUAAGCCAUUCUACGAUGUUAAAUGCUUUGGUGUUGAUUCUCUUUAAGAUGAAGGUUGGAGUGAAGCAGGCGGCAGAUCUUAAGGCUAUGGACAGCGGGGGCACUUCUGAUCCCUAUGUGAUUGCCUACUUGACAUCUGAUAUGAGGAAGAAGUAUGAGACAAAGGUUUACCGUAAGACACUGAACCCUGUUUUCAAUGAGAGCUUCAUUUUUAAGGUAGGAGGUAGUCACCUCUAUCAAUCAGUUCAUUGCUCCAUUUUAGCAUUGCAGUAUGUAGAUUUGUUUAUAUUAUGCAGAAAAUCAGUUAAAAGACCUUGGGUAAAAAGAAAAGAAAAAAUCAACAUUACCAAUCUGGUGUAGUUUAAUUGACUUGAGUGAUAUUACACCACCUUAAACGGCCAGCAAAUUGUCUCGUUGAGACUAAUAUCUCAAGCUCACGUGAUAGCAAGCACAGUGUCUUCCACCUGGCAAUAGGCAGGGCAGGGCAGGGUCGCAUUGCUUACUUGGCUUCCCAACACUGGGGUCAUGGCCAGUUCCUGAGAGGGUCAGGGGUGAAGUGGGAGGCAGGCUGGUGCCACGUUGGCACAGUGGCAAGAGCUGAGUACCAGUUGGUGUGGACAAAUGGCAGUAGAUAGUUAUUUCCAUCAUACUCUGCUUAUAAUCUUCCUUGGGUUAUUUUUCUGUCCAUUGUUGGAGACAGUGCUAUACACUGUGGACUUUCAGCCCAGUCUGUUAUGCUGAAGUAUGACAUUCCUGUAUCAAACACAAUAAUUCUUGCAUUAAACCCAUAAAAUAACUGUGGGGAACCUUUGGUCCUCAAAAUGUUGCUGAACUACAACUCCCCUCAGCAAGCAUGGCCAGAGGCUAGGGAUUCAGUAGCAUCUGUAUGGCCACACCCACCAUACAACUUUAGGCAGGCCUGCAAUUUGGGCCUACUGGAAAAAGCUGGAAAUCAGUUUGCUUUCUCCCUCUUUCCUCCUUGCCAGAUACCCCAGGCAGAUAUAGCGGAAUCCACACUGGUGAUGCAGGUGUAUGAUUUCAACCGCUUCUCCAAGCACGACAUCAUUGGUGAGAUGCGGAUCCCUCUUGGUGAUGUUGAUUUGCAGCACGUCAUUGAGCAAUGGCAGGAGCUCACUGAAGCCAGCAAGAUGGAGGUUGGUAUUAUCAAGCAGUGUGGCAAAUCCUCUGGGCAUUGCAAGUGUCUCCCAGAGUGGGUUACAAAAAAUAAUAAAAAAAACAAAUGUGAAUACAAAAAAGUAAAAUAAGCUAAACGUCACUGUGGUAAAAGCAGCACAAAAUGGUGAGCGGUGUUAAAGUUGCAUCUAAAAAACUUCUGCAAAAUAAUUUUAAGGAGUCUUUGCCAGGCACUGAAACGACAAUAAAGCAAACAGCAGGUGAGUCUUUCUGGGGAGAGUGUUCCACAGGUAGGAUGCUACCACUGAGAAGGCCCUUUCAGGUCCUCGGAUGAUAAGCAGCCACAGGAAGCCUUCUACUGAAGAUCUGUAUGUAUGAUUAGGUUCACGAGGAGAUAGCACCCUUAUCCUAUGCCAUGAAGUGCUUUAAAGGUCAAAAGCAGCAUUUUAAAUUGGGAAACAGGCUGGGAGCCUAUGUAGUUGGUUUAGCAUAGCAUAGCUGCAAUCCCACUUAUUCUGCACUAAUUGCUGUUUUCAAAGGCGGCAGCACAUACAGUUGUCUAACUUGGUGGUUACCUGAGCAUGGAUAACUGAGCAGAUAUGCUCAGACUGUGAUUCUGAACAUGGUAUGGACAACACAACAGUGCUUUUUGAUGUUGGGACUUAGUCCUAUGCUGUGCAGCAACACCUGCCUUUGCCAAGGAUGCCAACUUAGCUAGUUUGGCACAGGUUUUCACUUCUGCUGUGCCAGCUGAAGCAACAAUGUAGGGCCAGGCUGCACAAUGUUCAGAGGGGAGUUAUUGCUCAUUCCCCCAUGCCCUUGCAAAACCUGCUGGGGCAAGCCUACAGAUCAAUGUACAGGAUAAAGAAACUUCUUCCAUCAAAAUAUCACAUCACAAAAAGGGUAUGUUGUUAGCUUGAAAUUCUGUGAAAAGAAAAUGCCAAAUGGAUCCAUUUAGUCACAAUAUCAACUGAUUUGACCAAUGACGUCCAAUCCAGUGGUGUAGCGUGGGGGGUGCAGGGGGGGCCGGCCACACCGGCCGCAACAUGGGGGGGGGGGCGCGCUCGCACUUGCAAUCUAGUGGAAGAGACUCGAGGGCUAAAAUCCACGGGUUAGGGGGCACAAAUUACUUGCCUUGCCCCGGGUGCUGACAACCAAUGCUACGCCACUGGUUCAAUCAAAAAAUGCUCUAAUUAUACACGCUUCAUUAUAUAAGUUGAUUACAUAAGGAGUUUGUCAUACUGGAAGUUAUAUAAUUUCUGCCACUUGCAGGGUGGCGUAUGUUGCAAAUUGUGCUAAUUUUUUUGUAGGUUGGAAUGCAAAUCCUUUGCAGUCUGAGAACAGUGUGCCAAAACAUCAAUUCUAAUUUUGGUUCUGAUAAAACCAAAGUCUUUUUUCCAUUCUGUUUUGUAGAGGUUUUCAAAAACAAAGUAUGACAUAGCGUGUUUGCUGCAUAUUCAACUUUUGUGAGGCAGCAAAACAGGAUGGAAAGCUGAGCCAGGGGUGUAGGAGAGGCUAUGGUCAGAAACAAAGCAGCAAAGGCUUUAACUGAAACAAAAUAAAAAAAUUCCUUCCAGUAGUACCUUAGAGACCAACUAAGUUUGUCUAAGGUGCUACUGGAAGGAUUUUUUUUUAUUUUUUUUUUACUACGGCAGACCAACACGGCUACCUACCUGUAAAUAGGCUGUUAAACACUUUCUAAAAUACCUUGUCUGAGAAUACUAUCAAAAAGGGGUGUGGUCAGCAUGCAAUUUCCAAAAAGAUAAGUUCCAAGACUGAAAUUGUAUGGAAACCCCUAUAUAAGGAAGCCUUGUCCAUCAGUUUUAAGUAUAUGAGGACAAGCAGAAGUUGCUCAGUGACUGUACAUACUUGUAUGUAUUUUUCUGUAUUAUAUAAUAUUUCAAAUCUGUUUCUUUAAAUACAAGGCUUUGCCAAGCAUGGAAGGGGAUGUAAUGAAUGGAUGUUGUUAAAAGGAAUGUCUGCAUGGCUGCAGGAUUGCCAACAGCAGCAAGAGAUUUCUUUUACUUAUGCCGCUGGGAUAAAGCCAAGCUCUAACUUUAUAUCCGACUACUUAUUGUCAUAAGGGUUUGGGAACAGGCACACACUAUGUAGUUAUUAUUUAAAUUAAGAUAUUUUUUACAAAACUUGUUUCUGCUUUCAUUCUCUUAUAGAACUAACUAAUCAAGAAGUGCCCAGAUUGACAACUGGAUCACUUCUAGCUCAGACAAGUAGCUAGAGAGCCAUUUUCAGUUGUAACAGCACUGCUAAUAUUGGUCAUAUCUAGUAUAUCUGGAUAAUAAAGUCUGGAAGGAAGGCCUGUUCAUUAAUUCUAAGUAUGUACAGACAUGCUGAAGUUGUCCAGAAUGCACACAUCCUCCUUGACUCAAACCUGUGCCUGCCACAGGCUGAGCUGGCCAUAUAAUGUCAAUCUGAGGUCCCUUUGAGUCACAGGAGCAAAGUGCCUCCUAGGAACUGACACUUUCUAGAGAGAACUGUCUCAUCAAUAGUUCGCUGCCUAGAGGCUAUAUAGAGGAACAAGGAAGGGCUGGAUCAGGGAUGGUGCACUGGGGCUCUCCAGAAGUUGUUUGGCUCCUGCUUCUGUCAGUCACAGCCAGUGCAUGGCCAAUGGUAGGAGAUGAUGCAACAUCUGGAGAGCCACAGGUUCUCCAUCCUUGGGCUAAAUAAGGGCAUACCAACAACAAGGGAGGGAAUGUGUCAGCACAUAGCCCACUGAGUGCAGAGGCAGAUGUAAGCAGGAUGUGUGAAUCAACCUGAAGGUAGCUACUUCCCUCUGGGUCCAUAUGCCUCACCUCUCCCGUGAUCAUGUAUCCUGCAUUCAUACUAUUUCAGACUAUGAAAUAUAGUUUAAUUGUAUUUAACACAUAACUAAUCUAGAGUAAGCGAACAUGAAUAGGUGUAUCCCAAACAGUGGAACAUUAGGUACUCUGAAGGGUUGUAAGAAGCAAUGCCCACAGGCGUUUCAUUAACAUUUACCAUUUUGUCCAAAGAGCAGUAGUCAUGUCAUCUAUUGCUCAUGACAUUCCUUCAGACAACCGAGUUUCAAUGAUUAAUCCCUAUUGUUUGGUGAUAGCAAAUGCCAAUGUGCCUCAGGAUAAAACUGGCUUUCUCAAUCAAUCAAACAAUUUAUUGUGUAUAGCCAAAGGCAUUUACAAUGAACAGCAGAGGGCAAAAGCAAGGCUGAAAUCACACUGGCUUUCUGUAGCACAUCUUUAUUAUCCCGAACCGUUGAGGAAAGGCUAAGGAAGCUUUAAUUGAAAAAAAUGAUCAUGCGCUACUUGAGAAUUCCCCAUGGUUCCUGGCUGGUAGCUACUGUAGGCAGAGAAAUGAGUUUGAUAGUAUCUUGGCCCUAGCAAGGCAAUUCUUAUUUCCUGAUUACUGCUGUGGAACUUGUAUAUUCCUCUUGAGCAGAACGUUGGGAAUGUUAUUCAGCCCAGGGGCUACAUUCCCUUCUGAACAACCUUCUGGGCUCCACAGACCAAUGGUGGCUGGGGCCAGAGGCAGUUCAAUAAACAUGAAUGCUAUCUUUGCACAGUAGCCUCAUUUCCACACACACACACACACACACACACACACACACACACAGACACACACACACUUUUCUCCAUCCUGUCGAGCAAGUAGGGUCAUCAGAGUUGAAGGACACUUUCCAGCUAACCCAAAGCACUCAAAGAGCGGUGCUCUGGGGAGAAUCUUGAGGGCUAGAUAAAGCAGACUAGAGGGUCACAUUUGACCCCAGACCUGGGGUUCCCCAUCCCUGGUCUAGAGAUCACUAUGUAGCAAUGAAUAUAGCAGAUAGUCUUUGCACAAUCUAAGCUGUUGUAUCCUAACAUAAUUAGAAAGCUGAGGCCAAUGUACUCUUUUCACAAACCAUUGUGUUUUUUGGGUGGGUGUAUUCCGCAACAGGACACGGGUGGUGCUGUGGGUUAAACCACAGAGCCUAGGACUUGCCGAUCAGAAGGUCGGUGGUUUGAAUCCCCAUGACGGGGUGAGCUCCCAUUGCUUGGUCCCUGCUCCUGCCAACCUAGCAGUUCGAAAGCACGUCAAAGUGCAUGUAGAUAAAUAGGUACCGCUCUGGCAGGAAGGUAAAUGGUGUUUCUGUGCGCUGCUCUGGUUCACCAGAAGCGGCUUAGUCAUGCUGGCCACAUGACCCGGAAGCUGUACGCCGGCUCCCUCGGCCAAUAAAGCGUGAUGAGCGCCGCAACCCCAGAGUCGGUCAUGACUGGACCUAAUGGUCAGGGGUCCCUUUACCUAUUCUGCAACAUGACCUUGAUGUAAUAAUAGUACACUAGGGUGGGUUUAUACUGGGCCAUACACAUGCCGUUCCCAUUUAUCAGUUGUUCCAUUAUGCUUCCCCAAUGUUAUUACAGUACAGUUGUACCUUGGUUUUCUAACAGCUUAGUUCAUGAACAACUUGGAACUUGAAUGCCGCAAACCUGGAAGUAGGUGUUCUGGUUUGCAAACCUUGCCUCGGAAGCCAAACGUCCACCACAGCUUUUAAGGUUUCUGAGGCUUCUGAUUGGCUGCAGGACACCCCUACAGCCAAUUGGAAGCCACACCUUGGUUUCCAAAUGUUUUGGAAGUCAGACGGACUUUCAGAACGCAUUCUGUUCAAAAACCAAGGUACGACUGUAUUGCCAUCUGGAGGGGCACUGUAACACAACAACAAUGGACACCCCCAUCCCCAAAAGGAAUUUUUCUGCUGUGAAAAGCUACUUGUAUGUCAACAGAAAGCUAUGCUACAUGCUAAAAAAUGAAGCAAAACUUUUGCAGGAGGAAACAGCAUUAAAAGCAGAAUCAUACAUGGGCACCCUGAUACCACAUCUCAUCCUCAAUACACAAUGAAAAGGAUGUCUGGAGGGGUCCUUGUUUCCUUUAGAAUCAAAUUCUGAGAACACUGAUUCUCUUGGUCUGUAGCAGAAGCUCCUCGUGCACAGUGGUGAUUGAAUGAUUCCUGUGACAUCGCAAACCCAUAUUCCCAAGAAAGUGUUUCAACUUAAAAAUACAUAUUGUGGUUUGUUUAAAUAAAUAAAAAUCAAAGCAAUGAAAGAACAUUCCAUGAAAUAAACUAGCAGGUGGUACAAUAUUGAUAUAAUAGGAAGGCAGGCUUCUUGCCUGGGGGUGGGGAAUGACAAGACAGAUGGUUGAAUCAGCAUUCAAAAUUGCUCUGAAGUACAGGGAAAAAAUCAUUUUCAUAUUGUGGAAGAAAACUAUAUGGCAACCCCUUUCCCCCCCACCCCUUAAAGGUAUGCUUGUACAUGCCCUUAGAACAGAAGCAGUAUUAUUCUCUAAAUGCCCACAUGAAAUAGUGAUUCCAGCCAAUACAGAUGUCAUGUGGGCGAUCCCGCCCAACUUUUAAAUAGCCAUGGGCUGCUUCAGUUUUGAUCAGAGUUACUGGUGCUGCCAAAGGGGAAUCCAUGACAUUUUCUUGAAUUAAAUCACCCCCUUAGCCAAAACUGCUAUCAGCCCUGCCUGAGGUAGCAGAUAGAGACAAGUACAUGUUUGGUUCCUUCCUGUAAUUCCCCCCCCCCCCCCGGUGUGGCUAAUAACAGCUUCAUAGGAGGGUCCAUUUAGAUUGGAGGGAAAUGGCAUGGAAUCAAUUUGAUUUGAGAGGAGGGCAUCUCUGUGCAUAGUAGGAGAGCCCUUCUUUCAUCUCCGUCUCAUCACAACUGUCCUAUCUUCUUCUGAGGUCAGGGAAAGGACUUUGAAGGACAGUGAUCAUGGCUUCCAGGGAGCUUUGAGACUUGGACACUCCACAAUUGGGCCUUCAGUUUCUGCUCUUAGUUUGUCAGUGGGUUGAAAAAUUUUAUAUUUAAUCUUCCUCCUUCCUCCUGCCUUUUUCUUCUUGUAACAGCAAGAGCGCCUUGGGGAGAUUUGCUUCUCACUCCGAUAUGUUCCCAGCACCAGCAAAUUAACUGUGGUCAUCGUGGAAGCCAAAAAGCUCAAGCGGAUGGAUGCACACGGCCUGUCAGGUAAUGGGAAAGGAUAGCUGGAGCUCACUGUUCAAAGUGAAGGGAUGUGAAAUAGAUAUAGGGGCCCCUCAAACAAAGUCUGGAAGGCUAGGAUCAUCUUUGACCUACUACAACCUGGAGGACACCUUGCCAGCUAUCUUCCCACUGCCCUUGAAAAUAGGAAAGAUGCCUUGAUCAUAAGAGCUGCACACCUAUCUCUUGUGCCAUGACAGAGAAUGUGCUUGUCUGCUGCUGCGGAUAUUCAGAUCACGCUGCUGGAACAAUACUUUAGGGCAAAGAUUUACAUCUUAAGAUAAGGGAACUGUGUCAAAUCCGAGUGAGUCUUAUUUUUUAGAAGCUAGCAAGGAAUUAUCCCUGCCUCCUCCAAAAGAUAUCAGAACAGCAGUUUAGUCUUAAGAUGACCCUUUAAGGAAGGACAGGCUGCAUCCAAGGCUCAACAAGACCAUUCAACACGUUUCACGAGCAAGAGAUUUGAACCUGGGUUCCUACUCCAAACCCAACACUGAGUCCUAGACACUGUACCACUAGCUGCUGGCAAAGCUAAGUGGUGAGCUAGGAGAGGGGUGGGGAACUUGCAUCCCCUCAGAUGUUGCUGGACUACAACUCCCAUCAUCUCUUGCAGCGUUUCUGGGGCUGAUGGGCAUUGGAGUCCAGCAACAUCUGGAGAGCCACAAGUUCCCUGCUCCGGAGUUAGGAUGUGUGAUGAAAGUCCAAAAGAAUGAGACCUUAUUCAGUACAGCCCCCUUAUAUUGUAGUAAUAUAUAUGGUAGAAUCCUUCUUCAGACUGUCAACAGUUUCUGACUUUCCCCUCUCCCUCCUCCAUCCCAGAUCCCUAUGUCAAAGUGCAGCUUAUUCUGAAUAAAAAGAGAUGGAAGAAGAAGAAGACAAGUGUGAAGAAAAACACAUUACAUCCCUACUUCAAUGAGGCAUUUGUUUUUGAAGUGCCCCUCAGCUUGAUCCAGGUAUGUUUCCUCUGUCCAGAGGGCACCAUUUCAUGGCAGACACAUGUUUCUAGGGAAUUAGCAUUAACCUAGACAUCUUUGCUUGUUGCCUCUGCAGAGGAUCUGCUACGAGCACUUCUCUUGUUACACUGAAAUAAGCUUUGAUGGCUACAGCUGUUCUUGCUCUUUCAUAUCUGUUACUGAGCCUCUCCUUCUCUACCAAAGGCUCAUAAUGGUUUGCACAUAGGAAAACUUACACAAAACUUACAAAUAAAAGAAUCUCAACACCAUAUUCAUAUCUAGCCACACAACACUUGCAUUAAUGGUGCAAAGCUGUAGCUCAGUGGUGGAGCAUCUGCUUUGCGUGCAGGCUAGGACAGACCCGUCUGAAACUCUGAGGAGCUGCUGCCCAGUGGCGUAGCGUGGGGGGUGUAGGGGGGGCCGGCCGCACUGGCCGCAACAUCUGGGGGGGGGGCGUUCUCGCACUCGCAGCUCUCUGCCCCCUGCUAAAAUCCACGGGUUAGGGGGCGCAAAUUACUUGCCUUGCCCCGGGUGCUGACAACCCACGCUACGCCACUGCUGCUGCCAACCAGUGUACUGAGCUAGGUGGACCAAGGGCCUGACCAAUGGCAAGACAGCUUUAUAUGAAUUCUGCAGCAUCAUGGGGGCUGCUUUUCCAUGGAUUCAACCCAUGGCAUUGGUGCAAAGUUUAAAGGCCUAACACCAUGGGGACAUGGCCAAUGCACAGGUUCUUACGAUGCACUUGUUUCCUGUUUGGGGUUGGGGCUGACAGUUGGAUGGUAAUGACAGUUGGGUGAUAAUUGGUACUAAUGACGUGAUGGUGGCCUUUAAACAUUUCCCACAGUGCAAAUAGAUAAAUUCCAUGCCACUACUAUAACAUCCAAAGCAGGGGUGCAGUGUUAGAAUUCCUGCUCCAUGAUUGCAGUCAUGGGAUUGUUGUCUAUCACAUGACGGUAUAUGUUUUGACUCCACAGAGUGGGACGUGAUGGAGACAGGAUGGAGACAGUGUUGCUGUGUUCCGUGAAGUGGGACUAUUGUCCUUUGUUCUCUCUCUUUGCUGUCUGAUGCUAGAGAGAGAGGGAGCCAUGUUGCAGUGCUCCAUGUGUGUUUAAAUAAAGUAGAUUAGCCAAAAUGCUGAGUUGCUGAGGUCUGUUACACAAGCUGCAAAGACUCUGCAGAUCCCUAAGUGUGCCGAUGUCUGUUGGCAUUGGUCGCUGUGAUGUUCGAGCAGAAGAAAGCUUAUGGAGCUCCCGAAUGAUCAACUAGGAGGGAGAGAACAUGCCAGUCGGGCAUGUGUCUCUGCCAGGGUCCUACUCAAGAGUAGGAUGAGCUCCUGACAUGGGGAACCUGCGGCCCUCCGGAUGUUGCUGGACUACAACUCCCACCGUCCCUCUGGCCAUACUGGCUGGAGUUGAUGGGCAUAAGAGGGCUACAGGUUCCUGAUCCCUGAUCUAGAGAGCAUAACAGUACAGAGGCAACCUUAUGGGAAGAGGAGAAUAUGUGGUACAUUGUGUCUGCAAUGUGAUAAAGCUCUCCCCACUCAUUGUUAAAACUACUUUAAUGUACCUGGAGGUCCACACUGGGCGUAUGCUUCCUGAAAAGAAUACAUAUUCCUCAAAGCUUCCAUACUGCCCCCUGCUUCUUUCUAUCCUCUCAUCUCAUUGCUUUGUGUCUUCUUCCCAGAAUGUGGACCUGGUGAUUUCUGUCUGGGAUCGUGACAAAGUGUCCAAAGAUGACCAGAUUGGGAAGCUGUUUCUCAGCUGCCGAGCAACAGGCAACCAGCUACGUCACUGGUCGGAUAUGCUGGCCAACCCUCGCAGGCCUGUGGCACAGUGGCACAGCUUGCAGCCUGCGGAAGACGUUGACAAAACCCUGGGACUGAAGACUCGCUUCAAGCUGCCACUACCGAACAGCUAAGAACAAAACAAACCUCUCCACUGGAGAAGAUAACCCCAAUGCGCUUGGCUAGUAGGAAAAGUUUGCAAAGGAGCAGCUGGUAGCAGAAAUCACAGUGUAGCAUCAUGAUCACUUAGUCAAAAGUGUUCUGAAGGAGAAUAUUGAUCACUCUUUGCUUGAACUUAGACUCUAAAGGAUAUUUAUCUUGGAUGAGUGGGAAUCCAAAUGUGUGUAUGUGUCUACAACCCAUCACCAUGGAAUCCAGAAGUCACUGUUUCAUCAUGACGAAGAGACGCACACAAGAUUCACAAGGCUGUACUAGCUUGAAUUUAAAGAGGUGCUACUAACAGGAUGUGCGGAAGGCCAUGUGUGGACAUGUGUGGAGCAGGAAUUUCCACCGGGCCUAUAAACAUAUUUGCAAUCAAUGCUCAUUGCCCAUGUUAACAAUCUUAAAAUUGAGGGAACACACCCACACAUGCCCACACAUGCGCAUAUAUAUAUAUAUAUAUAUACACAUAUAAAUAUAUAUAUAUACACAUACAGUGGUACCUCGGGUUACAUAUACUUCAGGUUACAUACGCUUCAGGUUACAGACUCCGCCAACCCAGGUUACAGACUCUGCCAACCUCGGGUUAAGAACUUUGCUUCAGGAUGAGAACAGAAAUCGUGCUCCGGCGGCGUGGCAGCAGCAGGGGGCCCCAUUAGCUAAAGUGGUGCUUCAGGUUAAGAACAGUUUCAAAUAAGAACAGACCUCCAGAACGAAUUAAGUUAUUAACCCGAGGUACCACUGUAUAUAUAUAUAGCUACUAACAAACAGCUUGCUAAAUAAAAAGAGACAGGUUAAAUCGAAGGAAUCAAAUAAUUUCUCCUUUCAACAUUGCUGCUAGGUAUUUUAGACAGGUUUUUCAGAGGACAUAAGAGCCUGCUGGAUCAGGCCAAUGGCCCAUCUAGUCCAGCAUCCUGUUCUCACAGUGGCCAACCACAUGCUUAAGGGAAACCCACAAGAAAGUCCCAAGCACAAGAGCACUCUUCCUUCCCUGUGGUUUCCAGCAACUGGUAUCCAGAGGCAUUAUUGCCUCUGCCUGUGGAGGCAGAGCAUAGCCAUUAUGGUUAGUAGUCACUGAUAGCCCUCGCCUCCACGAUUUGUCUAAUCCUCUUUUAAAACCAUCCAAGUUGGUGGUCAUCACUGCCUCCUGUGGGAGAGAGUUCACAGUUUAAUGAUGAGCUGCAUGGAGUUCUUUUUCUGUAAUAAUCAGGUUAUGUGUGCCUGCUCCUUAGAGUAUACCAAGAAAAAAGCACACCAAGAACUCUGGCCAAUAUAAGUUUCAAUAGUGGGAGUGGUCCCUACUCGCAAAUCAAAAGUAAAUUGUAACAAAAACUAAUUGACUAUUGAUUUACAAUUGACUAUUGAUUUGCGAGUUAUGGGGAUCUGAAACAAGAUCUGUGUGUGAAUUCUCAGCAACAAAAGCAAGCAAGCAAGCAAGCAAGCAAGCAAGCAGGCAAGCAGGGAGGGACAAAUAAAUCUUUAUGGUUUCAAUUUAUUAUGUUUGGGGCCAAUAAAGAAUAAACAUGCUCAGUGUGACACAAAGGAGCAUGCUAUAUCAUUAUUUUGUUCCAGCUGGGUACAUUUGCCGCUUACGUUGCCAGAGACAUGUAUGGAUUGCAAUUGCCACCUGCCACUACUAUCAAGUGUGUCAAUAAAUGCUGCAAUAACUAGGAGAAGAUCUUGAUUCCUCCUGCUACUAACCUCUUUGUAAGUCAAGUGUAGCUCAGCAUUAUGCCACUCUAUCUUGUUCCUACCCCUGGUACUACUUCUUUGCUAUCCCUGCAGGGUUUAUUGUCCACAAAUGGAUUUGUGAGAUGAUAUUAAAAACAGGUUCUUCCUCUUA